AUGAAGCCCCUUUUGUUUUUCCUAGUUCUGCUAACUCCUCAAAUCGUUUUCUCCACAUCCGAAGAAGAAUCGCACAAUUUCACCAAAAUUUUCCUCGAGCAAAAAAUCCCGAAAUAUAUUCGAGAAAAAUCGCGCGCGAAAUUGACGAAUUCAAUUUUUUCGUCUUCUUUUUAUCUCCAUUUCAAUUUCUACGAUUGCGAAGGAAAUCGAUACAAUCCGGAUGAUUUUGUGGACAAUUAUCUGUUGGCCGGAAAAUUGGGAGAUGAUUUGAGGAUUUCCGAGGAAAUCGGGAAAUUUAAUACGAUUUUGGGAGGUAACAUGAGAUAUCGAAGUUUUAAAACGACAUUUUCAACGAGUUUGAGGAAUUAUUCAAUUGGUGUGACUGUUGGGAAUUCACAAACAGGUUCGGAUUUGAAAAUUUAUGGGAUUUCUCCGGUUUGUAAUUGAUUUGGGUAAUAAAAUUUAUCAUUUUCAAGUCAACUUUGAUAGAAGUUAGGGUAACUUUGUGGAAUCUUGCGGAUUAAACUCCGCAAACACGCUGAAAAACUGAAUGCACUAAACACCGAACUCUACGCGCAAACCCUGAUUUUAAAUUAAAAUUCAUAAAUCCUAGACCCACAAAAAAAUAUAUAGUGUAAGUAGAUCACGCGGGAUUUUUUGAAAAAUCCCGCUUUUUUCGUUUUAUAUCGAUUUUCAGCCCAAAAAUAUUUUUGAAAUAGGGCUGAUUCACGAACGAAAAAAAUGUUUUUUUAACAUUGAAAGAUCAAUUCACGAAAAGUCAAAAAAUGUCGAAAAAACAUUGUAGGUCAAAAUUAGUUUUUCAGGUUUUUCACCCAAAAAUGAUGACAAAUGAUAUUUUUUAAGCUUCUGAAGGUAUUUCUGAUUGAAAUUGACCUUGGAAUUAACUUUCCAAAAGGUUUUGCUGGUUUUUUGUAAAAUAAAAAAAUUUUAAAUUUUGAUGAAUUUCGAGAAAAUUCAUAAAAUAAAGCAUAAAAAGGGUUCUCGAAGCUUAUUUUCAUCAGAAAUUACUCCAGAAACUUGAAAAAUAUCGAUUUGUCAUCAUUUUUGGCUGAAAAACUCGAAAAACUAAUUUUGACCUAAAAUGUUUUUUCGACAAUUUUUGACUUUUCGUGAAUUGAUCUUUCAAUGUUAAAAAAACAUUUUUUAACAUUUUUUUCGUUCGUGAAUCAGCCCUAAUGAAUUUUUUGCUCAAUUUAUUUUGCUUUCUAAAUAUGAAAUUCCAGAGAAAUUUUUCAGAUCGCCGUCCAAAUUCAACAAAAGUGCGGAUUGAUGGAGAUUUGGUUCUACACACAACUUCAACUCAUGUCAGGUCAGUUUAA